GUAAGUUCAUCUUAGACGAGCCUCUCAGGCCCUCAAAACAUUGUGGGGCCUUUUGGUCUUUAAAGUGACAACCCAAAUUCCCUCCUUCCUUGCAGCUAACUGGAUCUGAAUAACUAGCUUUGCUUUCGGUGUCGGCAAAAUUACUUAUUGCAGCCAAAUGGAUUCAUCUACAUUGCUCUUCAAUCAGCUCAAGGCAGCGGAGCCGUUUUUCUUAUUGGCGGGUCCGAAUGUGAUUGAAUCGGAGGAUCAUAUUCUCUAUAUGGCUAAACAUUUGAAGGAUAUCACUUCCAAACUUGGGCUGAAGUUUGUGUUCAAGUCAAGCUUUGACAAGGCUAAUCGAACCUCGUCUAAGUCAUUCCGUGGUCCUGGCUUGGCUGAAGGCUUAAAGAUCCUUGAAAAGGUGAAAAUGAUGUAUGACGUACCCAUUGUUACUGAUGUUCAUGAAUCUAUUCAGUGUGAAGCAGUAGGCCGAGUUGCAGAUAUAAUUCAAAUUCCAGCUUUCUUAUGUCGUCAGACCGACCUACUUGUUGCAGCUGCCAAGACUGGAAAAAUUAUCAGCAUUAAGAAAGGCCAGUUUUGUGCUCCUUCGGUGAUGGCAAAUUCUGCUGAAAAAGUGAGAUUGGCUGGAAAUCAAAAUGUCAUGGUGUGUGAGAGAGGAACAAUGUUUGGCUAUAAUGACCUGAUUGUGGAUCCCCGGAACUUUGAGUGGAUGAGGGAGGCCAAUUGCCCUGUCGUGGCUGAUAUAACUCAUUCACUACAACAGCCUGCAGGAAAAAAGCUGGAAGGUGGUGGUGUUGCUAGUGGAGGUCUUCGCGAAUUAAUUCCUUGUAUUGCCAGGACUGCUGUUGCUGUGGGAGUAGAUGGAAUUUUUAUGGAGGUGCACAAUGACCCCCUGAGUGCUCCAGUUGAUGGUCCAACACAGUGGCCUCUGCGCCAUCUGAAGGAACUACUAGAAGAGCUUGUCGCGAUUGGUAGAGUUAGCAAGGGGAAGCAGCAAUUCAAAAUUGAUCUCACUCCAUUUCAUGAUUAGCGCACAAAAGUUUGGCUAUCAGUAAGCAAUAUUUGCACCGAUACACUAUAAAUUGUGUUCAUGCUACUAGGAGUUGUACUUGACCUGUUGAGCUUAGGUUCCUGUUUACGUUUUACAUUUUUACUUCAUACAGUGGUUUUCCUUUCUUUUUUUUUACUAUGUCUGAAAAAAGAAAUUGGUUUUACGUAGUCCAUGAUUCGAGAAUUUGGAUAUGUUUCUCUGAAAUUUUUUGGGCAACUAAUUCACUUUGUUGACAAACUACUUGUCUAACAUAGAUGAGAAUGUUUUCUUCUUUGCUUUCUUGAGUCC